AUGUCAGACGCGGGCAGCCCGUAUACAGGCGACCUCCGUCCCUGUGGUGAUACCUGCGAGACCCUCCAACCGCCCGGGAGCGCGUGGCCCGACGAUUCGGCCACCAGCACCGCUGGUGACAAAGCUGCCUCCUCAGACUGCGACCCGGCCGCGGGUCCCGGGCGGAAGAAGCUACCCGAGAGGCAUCUACGCUCCCACGUGAAGGACAUCCAAGUGGGAGGACGUCAGCAGGCAAACGAGCCCGGGCCACCGAUCCUCCUACCAACGACGACAACACACCAGCCAGCAGCAGCCAAGCCCGCGCCGCGGCCCAACAUGCCAACGACCACACGCCCGGGAGACCAGCCGGCCGCAACACGAGAUAGGCCCCACGAUGGGCAGAGCAAGAACCACGCUAGGGAUGUCGUUAGUAGCGACGAGAUAGAUGACACGGAUCAUACAGACUAUGGAGAUGGUGGUGAGGAUGUGGAGGACCUCGACUGCGACGUCUCCCGCCACGACACGCCAGAUAACGUCGCAGAGAUGUCCGAGGAUUGCUCGGGGAACCGGGACGACGCCGACAACAAGAAACCCCCCUCCGGCGAGGCCAGGCCGCAUACGUCCGAGCCGGCCUCGUCCGUGGACAAGGUCGAGGCCAUUAUAAGGUCCCUCGUCACCCGCGGCGUCGAACAGUGCGUGGCCCUCUUGCAGGCCUGGCGGGCCGCCGCGACGAGCUCGACGCUCCACCUCCCGCGAUGCGAGAGCCGUGCCGUUCUCUACCGCAACACCCAGCAGGCCAAGUGCCACGAAGCCCUCGCCAGGUACCAAACGAGGCUCGCCUAUAUCCAGCUGAGCAGGCGACUCAAGAAGCCGGGACCCGACAGCGCCGCCGUGUACCGGAGCCGCAGCGACAUCCACAGCCUCACCUGCGAGGUGCUCGGCGUCGACCCCUCCUCCGCCGAUACCAAGUCGAGGGCGUUCUAUCUACAAAGGGCCGACAUCAGCCGUUGCCUCUACACUGGCCGCAUCUUAGAUAUUGUCUCCGGCGAUGGUCUUGACUUCCUCCCCGUCCUCCCCGCCGGCAAGCUCGGCCUCACCCUGUCAGACUCGCAGGACCUGGCUCGCCGGCUUGUCAGCCUCGCGUCCGGGGAGGCUGAGGACGACGAAGGUAACACCAUUAAGCAGCUGGCCGCCUUCGGCCGGUUGUUCGCGAGAGUCGUCCAAGGCGAACAGGCGGAUCCCCUGUUCGGGCUCGACGUCGAGCCCGUCGCCCGCCUGGCGUCGGCAGCGGAGACGCCCCGGCCGCCGAGACCUACGUCUGGCCCUGAGCGUAUCGCCGCGCACACAUGGGGACUGGGAGAUAAGCUUCGGGCGUCCAUCGGCAGGCUGACCGGCGCCGGGCAGGACGUCUCCCUCCUGCGCGAAGCACCUCCUCACACCACCAAUCCUGACCAGGUCAGCAUCACAGCGGGAGAUAUUGUGAGCGUCGUCCCUGGCGAGCUUAUCCUAGAUAGCUCCUCUGCUGCCUCCGAGCUCACGCCCGCUAGUCGCUGGCGUGAUAUUAGGGAUGAGAUGCUACUGGCGCCGCCUACCGGUUCCCAGUCCUCUGAGCUAGAAGCCAAGGUCUUAGCUCGAUACCCUCUGUCUUAG